GCGGCGGCCAAGGCUAGGAAGCGGCCUCUCUCCCGCGCUUCCACCACGUCGAUUCACAGCGCCGCUACCCAGUCCAAUCUCGACCAGGCAGCCUUCGCCGAGGCCUCAUCUCUAUAUACCGGCCAAUGGAUUCCCAGCGAGCACCAUAGCCAUUCGAAAGACAUGGGCGCAGCACCGCAAAUGUCCCCUGAAGACAUGAUCCUGCAGGCCGCGACCCACAUGCAAUCGUCGAACCACGACUUCUCCAUGGACGGGUCCAUGGGAGCUUCCAUGACCCAUCAUAUGCAGUAUCAACAGCAUCACACAAUGACGAGGCAUCCGCUGCCUGCCGAGCAAUACGGCACCAAUGCGAGCUUCACCGAGGGCGACAGCCAGCUGCUGGAUCGCGAAGAAAACGAGGAUGCCGACUCCAUGACAGGAGCCGCUGGUGCCGUCAAGACAGCCACGAGAUCUAGUGCCAACAAUGAGCUGGAAAUGCGGCAUCUCUACAGCGCGAACCGGCAUCGCAGUCUCCAGGAUGUGGCACGUGAACUGCAUGGAAACGAGCGCGGGCCCAACUCAGAGCGGACCCGCCAGGUUUUUGCCAUGUUGUGGAUCAAUUCAGUUUGUUCCAAGGGAAAGGGCUCUGUUCCUCGCGGUCGAGUGUACGCCAACUAUGCCUCACGAUGCGCCACCGAAAGAAUUACAGUUUUGAACCCAGCAAGCUUCGGGAAGCUGGUCAGAGUUCUCUUCCCCGGCCUCAAGACACGCCGUCUUGGCGUUCGAGGCGAAUCAAAGUACCACUAUGUCAAUUUCUCCCUCGCUGAGGAUCAGCCAGAAGCGAAGGAACCACAGCCGCAGCCUCCGAGGGCGCUCCCGGAAGCAGCUGGCCUUUCUCAGAGUCUCAGCGUCCCAACGCAGCCUGGUAACAGCAAUGUUCGCCGGGAUGUACUGCCCUCACCUCAAACAGCCACCCAAACUCAAAUCAGCAUCAUGCCGACCAAAUCAUCAAACAGAUCCCACAGCCUUUAUAACCAUCCCGACCUCAGUAACAUUGAUAACGUGAACGCUACAUCCAACAAGACGGAGCUACAGUUGGCGUUUCCACCCCCCGACGAGAGCGCGUUCGAACAAUCUGAGCCAAUUGCGUUACCUCCUAUUGAAUCCUAUCUACCUCAUGGAACCGAUCCCGAUGCAGCCAAAUCGCUAUCUGCUCUGUACCGAUCACACUGUACGUCCUUGGUAGAGUGUAUUCGGUACUGUCGCGAAAAGACGUUUUUCCACCUGUACACGUCUUUCCAGGGCACACUCACCAUGCCCGUCCAGAAGCUGUUUGGGAAUCCCGCCCUUGCCCCGUGGAUCGAAGGAUGCGACAUUGCUCUAUAUCAACGCAUGAUGCGCAUCGUCUCUGGCCUGACGCUUCAAGUCGUUCCCAAGCCGGUUCUCGAUACCCUUCGCAACAUCUCCGAGCGACUAGUGCCCCAUAUUCGGGACUCAUUCCAAGGCCAGCCGCAGCACGUUAUUGCGGCCAAGGAAUCACCGGCAGCCAUCUUCGCAAGCCUCUUAGAUCGUGCCCUGCGGGUCAAUCUGACUGCGCAUGCUGCUGCCAACAUGCUUUCGAAUCCUGCCAAUCGCGAUCAGAUGUAUGUUGACUGGAUCACCAUGAUUCGCGCUCGCAAGAUUGCCGAGAGUGUUCCAACCCGUGGCAUGGAUGACGUCGUCACUCUGCUCGUGACUGAAAUUAGAGAUUUGCUAGAUCCGGCAAAUGUUCCAUGGGAGGUGGAAUGUCUGACAAUUUAUGGAGAUGUAGUCACACGCAGCGGUCGUCAAUCGGACGCUGACGCUGGUGCCGACACGUCAGGGCAGAACGUCUUGGAUAGAUGGGUCAACUUCCUGCAAAGCCUGCCAUCAAAAUUCCCUUACGCAUCACAUGCAGAUAUUGUGUGGUGCGUUGAAAGGGUUGGGACCGCCGUCAUGCGAGAUCUUACCUUGGCCCAAGGUAAGAGCUUUGGGUCUUGGUGGGUGACAAAGACCUGGGUGGAUGAAAUGACCUGUUUUCUGGCUGAACAGGGCGGGUUCAUGAAAGAAGGUGCCAAAGCGCCCAUACCGGCAGCAGAGCCUCAAUCUCAGGUCUCUAGCAAGCCCACAAGCAGACAAGUUUCUCGAUACAGCAGUGGCAGCGAUGAUGUGAACGUAGCUCACGUAUCACACACGCAGCCAGGCCGAGCGCCAUUCCCACCACCAAACAAUACCAACUCAGCCCCAAUGAUUGCCGAUUCUCACGAUGAUAGUGGCAUUGGAAUUCGGACUCCUGAGGAAGAUUUCCCCAUGGAUAAGUUCACUUUCGCGGGAGCAGAAAGCCAGGGACUGGAGCUGGCAGCGGGUGCAAGUUUAUAG